CUCGAUCAGGUCGAUAUGCCUCGUAAAAUUCUGGUUACAGGAGCAACCGGAAAGCAGGGGAGCGCGCUAGUCAGGGCGCUACGUCCAACCUCCGGUGACUCUCAGACCUCAGAGGAUAUUCCUUUCCAGAUUAUUGCAAUUACACGGGAUGCACGUAGCCCAGGCGCCCAAGAGCUUGAGAAGGAAAAGCAUGUCCGAGUGGUCGAGGGCAAUCUCGACUCAGCAGACUCGUUACGCAGGAUUUUUGAGGAAGCAAAAGAAGAAGGAGGCAUAUGGGGCGUCUUCUGCGUACUAGCGUUUCCUGGUCUCGGAGCAUCUGGCGAAAGUGAGGAAAAACAGGGAAAGACCGCAGCUGACAUAGCAUUGGAAUAUGGCGUGUCAGUGUAUGUGUAUUCAUCGGCGGAGCGUGGCGGGGAGGCCAACGAUCGCCUGCAGAGUGGAUCUGGGCUUGCAAAGGUAAUGAUUGAGCGCCACGUAAAGAGUUUGGGCGAAAAGGGACUGCCAUGGACGAUAAUGCGCCCAGGAUUCUUCCUUGAAAACUAUGAGGGUUUCAUUGGUUCAAUUACGGUGGCCGUGAUGAAGAACGGCCUGAAGAAAGAUACCUCCUUGGCCGUCAUUACAUCUGAAGAUAUUGGGAAAGUUGCAGCAGGAAUAUUUAACAACCACGAAGCUUUUGUCCACAAGGAGCUAGCGGUGGUCGGAGAGACAGCGACGAUGCCUCAGCAGGAAGAAGCUUAUCAACGUGCAACGGGUCGAUCAAUGCCCUCCAUACCCAAUCCACUGGCGAAGAUGCUGAUCUCCGUGAAUAAGGCCACGAAAGGGUUGAUUGACCAUAUGGAAAGCGUCAAUGAUGCUCGCGUCUCUGGGAAACAUGUCGAGUGGGAGUCACAGCUUCAGCUAACCCGACAGGCAAAUCCUGAUAUGCAAGGGGUCUACGAAUGGGCUCUGUCGCAGAAAGCGUCGAGCCCCCAACCGACGAAGAGUGGUUGGAAUCAAGUGUCGCUGUGGAAGCUGAUAACCGGAAAGAUGUAACAUCCUUGCUACAGCUUCCGUCAGUGGCUCGUCUUGCCGGGCCUUGCUAGCCACUUGCUUCCACAUGGGCACUGACAACCUCAAGCUGUGAAGAUAACUUUGUCCCAAGCUUGAUUGACGUGCCUGUAACUUUGAACUUCUGGACUACAAUCCGAGAGUAUCAUCAAUAUUCUUGGACCAUACUCGUGUAGACGUACAUGUACAUGUUGAAGCACAUAAUCUAAUUUAAACUGCC